UCAGCCUCUUUCAUUUCCGAAUUUAAAACGCGUAGAUUAAACGAAGCCCCUUGACAAAUUCCUUUGUUGCCAGAAGUAUUACGUCACUUCCCAACAAACAAGACACACCACGUGUUUACGUCAUUUCCCAACAGUCAAAGAACAACCACGUGUACGAAUCAUCUACGGCUUAUCCGAAUUUAAUUCUGCCUCUUCUUUUGUUUUUAUUACUUCUAAUUCUAACAGCAAUCAUCCAUAUCAUGAUGUCAAGAUUUUUAUCGAUCAAAUGUUUCGCAAUUCAAACUUUCCUCUUCUUUUGAAUCACUGCAUCUUAUGCGAACAAAACAGUCGCUAAAGAUUUCAUCUUGAGUCAUUUAAAUGUUUCGUUUUCUGUCUGAAUAAUCUUCGACUUACGUAUUUCCGACAGAGGAUGCCUUGAUUGUCUGGUUACCAGUUUCAGACUCGAAAUGAUAGCACUCCAUUUUCUCUGAAAAUAAACAUUGAAUUGUUUAUAUUUUGCUUUAGAAAUCAUGGCUGUACUCAGUAAAUUUACGGAAAUAUCUAUCCCGUAUAACUGUUACGAGACCGGGCACACCUGGCAUCCUGAUUGCAAUGCGGCGGCGCUUAUAACAGGGGCAGGUGUGUUUCGUGAAAGUCUGAAAAUUUAUUUUCCAUUGUAUGUGAUAAGCCUAUUUCUGAGAGGAAAAUUUUCCUUAAGAGCGUGCUUGAAUGUUUUGGAGAAUACAUUGGUAUCAUCUGCAUUUCUGGGGUUCCAUGGAUUUGGCUUCAUUUUCUUCUUCUGUCUCGUAAGGAAACUUUUGGGAAGAUUUUACUACCUUUCAUUCUUCUUCAUUUCCAGCUUCAUAACAUGUUUCCUGGGUAUUUUUAUUGAAAGGAAAAACAGGAGGUUGCCUUUAGCUAUCUAUGUAACUUAUGUGGCUACGGAAACAGUCAUUCGAAUGGCCGUAGCAAGAGGAAUUGUAAAUCCAGUGCCAAAUGCAGAAGUUUAUCUUUUCAGCGUCAUGAUGGCCAUUAAUCUCUAUGUAGCGAAAAAAUAUGGUUAUUCCGGAGAUGACAUAAGUAAUAUACUCAAAUUCAUUUUAGGGAAUAAUGAAGCCAAGCAGAAGUCGGAAACUCAUGAGGAAGAAAAGAAACUACGUACUGAAAAAUAUGAUAUUUUACAAAAGGCAGUACUGUGUGGAAUGCGAUUUAAGGAGAAAGUACGAAAUUCGUUUUUCGAAAAGAUGUCUAUGUUAAGGCAUCCUUCGUGCCCUCAUGAUGACGGUUGUAUAUUUUAUUGUUUGCAGGGCUUUUGUCGUCCUUUCCUAAUAGGAUAUGCGGCAUUAUCUAUCAGUCGUUGUUUUUCAUUUGGAAAGAAACUAAUCUCUGAUCCGUCCUUAUUAUUUCCUUUACUCACCAGUAAAAGAAAUCUCAGCCUCGGUCUAUUUUUGGGUGGCUUUGGUGCAACUUUUAGGAUUAUCAAUUGUCUCUUGAGAUGGUACUUUGCUAAAGAUCAUGCCAGUUAUGCAAUUCCCGCUGCACUGCUUGGUGGACUUUUUAUGAAAUUCUUCCCUAGUUCUACUAUAUCUCUGUAUCUCAUGUGGAAAACGAUAGAGAAAGGAUAUUUGCAAGGUAUGGAAAAAGGUGCCCUCCCUCAUUUCACUUGUUUCACGCCUCUGCUUUAUGCCUUCUCUUCUGCAUUGCUAUUCCACGUCGCAGUAAUGGAAGCUCACAAUCUGAAACCAGCCUAUUUCAAAUUUCUCCGUAAUGUGACUCAAAACAGAAUGUUCCGGAUCAACCAUCAUGUGUUGGAUAUAUUUGGCACUCAAUCAUCCAAACUGUUCUCCGAUUCUUGGCCUGUUCUAGACUAUCGUUAUACCAGCCGGCAGUUUCAGGAAAAUAUACUAUUGUGGCUUAUUCAUUGAUACAUAUCUUUAAAAAACGUGUAUUCGUGUGUUAUAUAAUAAUUUAUGAAUGAUGUUCCUUCUUACUUAAUAAUAUACAUCGCUUUUCGAAAUUUCUUGGCAACAGCCGUUGAUUUACACAUGACAAGAGCUGCGCAUCAGACGAAGUUCAAUUAAAUAAGUUCCACACUUUAUUCUAAAAUUCAUAUACUCUCGAUAGAAACCGAAAAAAAUGCUGAAAAUAUAUACGUACAGCAAAUACUUUUGAUAAUAGAUUAUCCAUUCAAAGAAAGCUGUCAUAUAACAAUGGAUCAGUUUUCAUUAACUCAGGAUUGCACUUUUUUCUUUAUGAUCCAGGAUUAUAUGUAUAUUUAUUUUUAAUAAAAUAUUCUGUUAUAUAUUGUGGUA